ACGAACGCACUCAAAUCCGAUCCGUUAUUCGCAUAUGAUGUUGUCUUAGUUAUUCAUCAAUCACACACGUUCAAGUAUUUAGACUGUUCAUUUUUUUUUAAAAGAAAUCAUAACAUUUAGUUUUUAUGUUUAAAUAUAAUAUUGUUGUUAGGUAUACCUAUACCUAUUUAUUUGCUUGAAACUAAUUUGAUUUUAACACCAAAAUAAGACAAAAUGAUACCAUCAGCUCCUCCACAAAAUAUCCAAUGGGUUCAAUCACCUGCACUUGCAGCACCGCUAGGCCCAAGUAGUACCCAAAUUAUAUGCACUUCAUGUGGUCAGACAAUAUUUACCAGUACUUCUAGAAAAGCAAAAUCUUCUGCUUGGUGGGCUUGUAUACUAAUGUGCAUUUAUGGAUGUUGUUUUGGAUGCUGUCUAAUUCCUUGCUGCUUGGACUCGUGCAAUGUUGUCAACCACAAGUGCCCAAACUGUAACUCGUAUUUGGGACAGUACAGACCAUAAACUAUAUACGAUAUACCUAAUAAUAAAUAGUAAUACUUCUAGUGUAAAGGUUAAAGGUACGUUUUCGCUGCUAGACUUGUCCAGGCGCUACAGGGAAACCGCACAGGUUAUAGAAGCAGUUAAAAAUAAAUAUAUAUUCAUUUUAACGUUUUAAUAAAAUAAAAAAAUACAGAAAGUA